CCUUCCUUCUAUCAUUCCCACAAGGCAGCAGGAGCAGAGAGCAGCCAUUGCAGUGUCUGGCAGCAGGAGGGGGAGUAUAGAGAGGAGCACAGUGGUCUGUACAAGGACGUGAUGAUGGAGAAUCACCGGCCCCCUCACAUCACUGGAUGGGCCCAGUAACAGAGAUAACCCAGAGAGAUGCCCCCGUCCUCUGUAUUCCCAGGAUUGUACAGAGGAGAGUCACAGGACCCCACAGGAGGAUCAGAUAGAACGUCUGUCUGAUAUUAAAACAGAAGAUAUAGAGGGAGAAGAAGAGACGUAUGUGACUGAUAUAAAGGCAGAAGAUAUAGAGGGAGAAGAAGAGACGUAUGUGACUGAUAUAAAGGCAGAAGAUAUAGAGGGAGAAGAAGCGACGUAUGUGACUGAUAUAAAGACAGAAGAUAUAGAGGGAGAAGAAGAGACGUAUGUGACUGAUAUAAAUGCAGAAGAUAUAGAGAGAGAAGAAGAGACGUAUGUGACUGAUAUAAAGGCAGAAGAUAUAGUGGGAGAAGAAGAGACGUAUGUGACUGAUAUGAAGGCAGAAGAUACAGAGGGAGAAGAAGAGACGUAUGUGACUGUUAUAAAGGCAGAAGAUAUAGAGGGAGAAGAAGAGACGUAUGUGACUGAUAUAAAGGCAGAAGAUACAGAGGGAGAAGAAGAGACAUAUGUGACUGAUAUAAAGGCAGAAGAUAUAGAGGGAGAAGAAGAGACGUAUGUGACUGCUAUGAAGGCAGAAGAUCUAGAGGGAGAAGAUGAGACGUAUGUGAGGGGUAAUCAGCAGUGUAAGGAGGAGGAGAUCCCUACAGAUAUCAGCACAGAUGGACCCACAAGCAGGAAUAUCUCAGAAGGACAUCUAAUGUUAUCCCCGGAUUGUGACAUAAAAGAUAAUGACAGUAGACAGGAUUCUCCAGGAGAUAAUCCCAUUACCCCAAUUAUACAUCCAGCUCUAUCAGCUGGUACCUCUGAUCCUGGGAAAUGUUCUCCUGAUCACUCUGAUAUUGGUGCAUCUGUUACAGCUCUGACAAUAGAUACAGUGUUUCUCUGUUUUAUAGAUGCCAAAUGUUUUACACAGAACACAAAGCUUAUUACCCAUCAGACAGGUAGGGCAGGGGAGAGGCCAUUUCCAUGUUCUGAGUGUGGAAAAUGUUUUACCUGGAAAUCACAACUUGUUGCACAUCAGCGAAGUCACACAGGUGAGAAGUCAUUUCCAUGUCCUGAGUGUGGGAAAUGUUUUGCACACAAAUCAGGUCUUGUUAUACAUUACAGAAGUCACACAGGUGAGAAGCCAUUUUCUUGCUCUAAGUGCGAGAAAUGUUUUAUCCAGAAAUCAAAACUUGUUACACAUCAAAGAAGUCACACAGGUGAGAAGCCAUUUCCAUGUUCUGAGUGUGGGAAAUGUUUUGCACGCAAAUCAGAUCUUGUUAUGCAUCACAGAAGUCACACAGGUGAGAAGCCAUUUUCUUGCUCUGAGUGCGGGAAAUGUUUUAUCCGGAAAUCACAACUUGUUAUACAUCAGAGAAGUCACACAGGUGAGAGGCCAUUUCCAUGUUCUGAGUGUGGGAAAUAUUUUGCACACAAAUCAGAUCUUGUUAUACAUAAGAGAAGUCACACAGGUGAGAAGCCAUUUUCUUGCUCUGAAUGCGGGAAAUGUUUUGCACAGAAAUCACAACUUGCUAGACAUCACAGAAGUCACACAGGUGAGAGGCCAUUUUCUUGCUCUGAGUGCGGGAAAACCUUUGCCCACAAAUCACAUCUUGUUACACAUCAGCGAAGUCACACAAGUGAGAAGCCACUUCCAUGGUCUGAGAAAUAAAUCCGCUCUUGUUGCACGCAAUGGACAUCACUCAGGUGAGGAACCAUUUUAGUCUUCUGGAGUAUACUAAUUGCCAUGCAUUGUUCUUUAAGGUUCUUAUCCUAUCUCCAAUGCUUUUUGCAAUAUACAUGCUACCACUGGGUGAAAUAAUCAGAUGUCAUGCCCUCAUCUACUACUGCUAUGCAGAUGACCUGUCUCUUGCUUCGGGUACUGAGAACCCAGUACCAAUCCUAAAUGGUUGUGUAGCUGAGAUCCAGGUGUGGGUGAUGCCAGUUGGCUGUGACUGAGUCCUGGUGAAACAGGUCCAUAUGGUAGAAGCUCACCAACAAAGGGCAGGGCUACAGCUCUGCUUUGUUACCAACCAGACUUACACUUGUGGGUUCCGAGUUACAAAAUGCUGAUCCUGUGCAGAAUCUUGGUGUCCUGGAUGGUGGAGUGACACUUAGACAUCAGGUAUCAGCCACAAUCAGAUCCUCAUCUGAGGAACAUAGCCAGACUCCAGCACUUAUUUCCCUCAGAAGAUCUACCUACCGUCAUACAUGCACUUGUAUCAUCACGCAUAGACUACUGCAAUGUCCUCUACCUGGGUCUCCCAGCAAUAGAAUUGCACCGGUUGUAACUUGUACAGAUUGCAGCAGCCAGGCUGUUACCUAACCAGCCCGUUCCUGCCACAUAACACCCAUUCUCUGCUCCCUUCACCGGCUGCCUGUAAGAUGGUGACUCUGGGCCUAAUUUAGGUUGGAUUGCAGUGUGUGAUCCAAAAGGAAUUAUUGAGAAAAAGUUGCGGACGCAUGCGCAGCACCCGUCUUGAGCAUGCGCCUGCAUUCUCUACGUGGGGGCUGCAGACAAUGCGAUUACUUCUUGUUAAUCAGGCAGAGGCGGUCACGGGUAGGUAGGAAAGGGUUAAAGCGCUAAAAUGGUCAAAUAUGAGAGCAAAUGGUCACAUGAAAAUGCACAUUUAUUGAGAUAAAAUGAACUUGAAAUCGAUUAAAAAUUGGUAACACUGUAGAAAAUAAGUACUAAAUGCUGGAGGGCACAGUGAAGUGUCCAAUCGUUAUGUCUCUCCCAGUCCUGAUAAGAAUGCAUAGACAAUUCACACCUGUUCCAAUAAAGCAGUCCCUUAAUAGAUAUGCUCAAGGUAUCCCGUUAAUGUUCCAUCAGGUAUUAUAGUUACCACCAGCGAUUGUCCAAGGUGUUAAGCGGAUAGGCAUCCGCAGCGGCUUGUCCCUUGUUAAGCUGUGGGUGAUGGAGGAUCUUCAGAACGGGUCCACAAAAUGAGCCAGUAGUAGGGACCUGGUCCAGGUGGAGAGUCUUCAGGAAAGGAUUAUAGAUGGUAGAUACACACAGCACCAAUCGCCAACGCGUUUCGUUGCGGUCACGCAACUUUUUCAAGGUAAUAGAGGUGCUGCUAUCCAGGGUUUUUAUACCCUUUGCAAAAUGGUUGCUCAUUUGCAUAUGUGAUUGACAGUGACCAAAUACUCUCAUUAUGUGACCAAAAUGACAGACAAACAAUUUAAAUUGUUGAAUAAAUAACACAUAAUAAAUGAUGGAUAUAAUA